ACCCAGGGCACAGAGCGGCGGACGGACACUUCCUGGUUGGUCUGCGUUUUGUUGUCCCGCUGCCCGCAGAGCUUUCUGGACCCAACACCGGAGGAAGUAUCGGGUGGAACUGUGCAACAGCUCGCCUUAAGGCCCGGUCUUGCCGUUAACGUACGAAAAGGUGAAGCAGCACCGUGUCGAAACCGAAGCGGAGGCGGCGGAGAAGGAAGCGGAGCCAGGGAGCUGAGAGCAGCCUCUGUCCGCAGAGCAGUGAGGUUAGCCCGGGUUGAGCUAGCACACAGAGCCGCGGAGGAGGAGGAGGAGAAGAGGGAGAGCCACUCCGGCGUGUUUUCACUUCACACGGACUCAAAGUACGACUGGACUCCGGCAAACUUUCGUGGACGAGCCUGGAGAGUGCGAGUAUGUGGUUAGAGCUACGAGUGCUGUAGGAUGAAGAGCCCGGCGCACCGCACCAGGGACAUCGAGAGGCAAGCUGGCUACCUGAAGCCCGAGCACUGCGCCCCUCCCCCGCCCCGCACCGGCUCCGACACCAUGUGGUUCAUCCGCGACGGCUGCGGCAUCGUGUGCGGCAUCAUCACCUGGCUCCUGGUCUUCUACGCUGAGUUCGUGGUGGUGUUCGUCAUGCUCCUGCCCGCCAAGAAUGUGGCCUACAGCCUCUUCAACGGGGUGCUCUUCAACGGCCUCGCCUUCCUCGCCCUCGCAUCUCAUGCCAGGGCAAUGUGCACAGACCCGGGAGCUGUGCCAAAAGGGAACGCUACCAAAGAGUUCAUCGAAAGCCUCCAGCUUAAACCGGGACAGGUGGUGUACAAAUGUCCAAAGUGCUGCAGCAUUAAACCUGACAGAGCUCACCACUGCAGUGUUUGUAAACGCUGCAUCAAAAAGAUGGACCACCACUGUCCCUGGGUGAACAACUGUGUCGGAGAGAACAACCAGAAAUACUUUGUACUCUUCACAAUGUACAUUGCACUGAUAUCCCUCCAUGCACUGCUCAUGGUGGCUUUCCAUUUUGUUUUCUGCUUUGAAGAAGACUGGUCAAAGUGCAGUAACUUCUCUCCACCAGCGACCGUCAUACUCCUCAUCCUCCUGUGCUUUGAGGGUCUCCUCUUCCUCAUCUUCACAGCGGUUAUGUUUGGGACCCAGGUUCACUCCAUCUGCACAGACGAGACGGGUAUCGAGCAGCUGAAGAAAGAGGAGAGGAGAUGGGCCAAAAAAUCAAAGUGGAUGAAUAUGAAGGUGGUGUUCGGACAUCCGUUCUCUAUAGCCUGGCUGAGCCCAUUUGCGACGCCCGACCACGGCAAAGCAGACGUGUACCAGUACAUUGUGUGAGAACAGGAAACUCAACAGAGCUCACACAGACUGAUGGAUAACGGUCUGUUAUUAUCGCUGGACUUCACUGAGCAUGAACUCCUCUUAACCACUUCUAUGUUUCUUUAUGGAUAUUUCAGGGUGUUCAAUUAUAAGCUAUUGCAUUCUUAAAUCAUGUUUGUUUGUUUUUUGGUUUUUUUUUUUUAAAGAUGUCACCCUUUUCUUUUUAUCGUUUCCCUCUCGGUGCUGAGUGAGAUUCGUGAGGUGUAGCCGUUUUACUUUCACUAAAAAAACCAUCAACCUCUACAGAGAAUAGACAUGUCAAACUGAGCAGCAACACGUCGACAGUGACUACUUUAUAAGAACCGGCGAAACUAUUCAAGAAACUGAUAUAUCCUGCAUUGCGUCUGAUCAUUUCCUGCUUUCAAGACUAAACAAUGUGAACUGAAGUCCAGAAUGUUCUUGCUCAAAGCAGCACAGUCCAGGCGCCAAAAUGGUCACCUGGGUUUUUGUCUUCCUGUAAACAUUGUGAUUACGUCACUUGCUGUAUUUCUGUCACCGCAAUAGUUUUUUUGUUGUUGUUGUUGUUGUUGAAUGCUGCAGAUGAUUUGCCUUAGACAUUAGUGAACAGCAUCAUCUGAUAUUUUAACAAGAAGUUCCUGUCAUUUUGCCUUAAUAUGAGUCAGGGUGAGACAGGAUCACGCUGGUGAAGUACUAUUGGAAGUGAGUUUGUCUGACUGGUGGAUACGUUCAGGUCAUCUAAAGAAUGUGUCUGAUUUUCUUUUGAUUGACUUUUUAUCUACAGUAAUACUCCACCUAUCUGGUGCUUAGAGCAGAU